AGUCAGUCAACGCAGCGUCAUCGCUCCCAUCCACCCCCCGACUCCGACUCGGCCAGCUCAGCCUCACGACCAACGUCCCAACCACCACGCAUGGUCCACAGAACACCUCGCCCAGACAAGCCGCCCUACCCAGUCAGCCUCGUAGCCUCGCCGACGCCUCGAACGCCCGAGCCACGAGGAUGGAGAAGGCCGCGGAACCAAAGAUACCGCACGAGUUCAUCCUCGACGCCUUUGCCGACCCCACCUCGGUCCGAGAUGUCGUUCGCGGUAUCCUCCACACAAUCUUCUUCCACAGAUACUUCCCGACAAUCACGCCCCAGACCCACGAGGUCCUAGACCUCACCCUCCCCUACGUCGCCGAGCCCGAGCUCGAGACCCUCAUCGCCCAGCGCACCGCCACCCUGCUGCGCGAGCUCGACGCCGACAGGACCCAGCAGCAGCGCUCCUCCUCCCCGUCCCUGCAGCAGCAGGCCCGCGCCGUCGUCGGCGGCUUCCUAGGGUCGCCCUCGCCCAGCAGCCCCAGCCCGUGGGGCGGGGGCGGGGGCGGGGGCGGGGGCAACAGUAGUGCUGCCAACGGCGGCGGCCGGGGGCAGGUGUCGGUCCAGUUCAUGGAGAAGACGCGGCGGCGCAAGAUGUGGUACAAGGGCGACGAGGAGGUGUGCUGGGAGAGCUGGACCAUCAGGGUCACGGUUGCCGAGCCCAGGACGGAGAAUGAGCGCGCAAAGGUCCGCAAGGCCAUGGAGACCACCCUCCUCACGACAGUCAUGAAGAUAAUCACCUCCGUAAACAGCUUCAAGGACCACAUCCCGCCCAUAACCACGACGGAGACCAACCCCUUCCCCUACAACAUCACAGUCAACCAGAAGGAGGCCGUCGGCGGCGCUGCCGUCGCCGCCACAGGCGGUGGUGGGUGGGGCGGCCGGUUCGGAGGACUGUACUGACAAGACGAAGACAAGACAAGACAAGACCCAGACCAGGCCGACGGGGAAAUCAAAUACUUGGCCCUCCCGCGUCGUAUAUCUUUCUGCUUUAGUUUCAACACUUUUUACGACUCUCGCCAACCGCUGGCUGGGUGCGGCAUUCUGCGGUCUUCUUUGUUUCGAGGUUAUAGAGACUGGGCGCGCGGGCUGCGGGCGUUUGGUGGCGUUUGCUGAUAGAAGGAGAUAUGUUCCUGCGCGACUCGCCUGGACACGAUAUACACAUGAGCGAGACAGUGACUCCAUCCGAGUGCGGAUGCUGGCUUGGUUGAUUGCUCGGUGGCAUAGGAGCCGAGCUAAUGUAGAUACCCAUGCGAUCACAACAUGAUACUACGUAUAUUUUGUCUA